CCCGAGCCGGCUCAUUAUAUCGUCCGUCGCGCAGCACAACGCAAGUUUGCUAGCGGCCGGAUCAGCAGCCACAAAACGAGGAGAGCAACCACGCUGCACACAGAGACGCCCGUGUGUGAGAUAUAGAGCAAGCUCGAUCGAAGGAAGGAGGGAAGCUAGAGAUCGUACGUCGCCAUGGGGAGGGGACGAGUUGAGCUCAAGCGGAUCGAGAACAAGAUCAACCGCCAGGUCACCUUCUCCAAGCGCCGCAACGGCCUGCUCAAGAAGGCCUACGAGCUCUCCGUGCUCUGCGACGCCGAGGUCGCGCUCAUCAUCUUCUCCAGCCGCGGCAAGCUCUACGAGUUCGGCAGCGCCGGCAUAACAAAAACUUUAGAAAGGUACCAACAUUGCUGCUACAAUGCUCAAGAUUCCAAUGGCGCACUCUCUGAAACUCAGAGCUGGUACCAGGAAAUGUCAAAACUGAGGGCAAAAUUCGAGGCCUUGCAGCGCACUCAGAGGCACUUGCUUGGGGAGGAACUUGGCCCACUGAGUGUGAAGGAGUUGCAGCAGCUAGAGAAACAGCUCGAAUGUGCUUUGUCACAGGCAAGACAGAGAAAGACACAACUUAUGAUGGAGCAAGUGGAAGAGCUCCGCAGAAAGGAGCGACACCUGGGAGAAAUGAACAGGCAACUCAAACACAAGCUUGAAGCUGAAGGUUGUAGCAACUACAGAACCCUGCAGCAUGCAGCCUGGCCAGCUCCCGGCAGCACCAUGGUGGAGCAUGACGGCGCCACCUAUCAUGUGCAUCCAACAACUGCUCAAUCGGUUGCAAUGGACUGUGAACCCACUCUGCAAAUCGGGUACCCUCCUCAUCACCAGUUUCUGCCUUCCGAGGCAGCCAAUAAUAUCCCAAGGAGCCCCCCUGGAGGCGAGAACAACUUCAUGCUGGGAUGGGUUCUUUGAGUUGCUCUGUUAAUCAUCCAUCCAUCAGAUGGAUGUCCAAACUAAUAAAAGGCACUCAGUGCUACCAUAUGCAUAUCCAUGCUUAAGUGCUUGAUUUGCCACGACGUGGGAUAUCUUUUAAAUUUAUCGUUCUGGUGUGUAAUAACUAAUUAAGAACGGCACCUUCAUUCUAUGGUUGUGGUGUGGCACUUCUAUCUAUGGUUUUUGUAUUUGGACCACGAAUGUUGUAAUUUGUAAAAAAAUUUAAAGAUUUAUCUAUGCUGCCGGUGCUGCGGUGCAUAGCCCGGUGCAUAGAAUCCAAAAUUAUCUGCACCGGUGCUUAUU